AUGGCAUCUUCCAAGAACGUGGUAUUCGACAUUGUCGGAACCCUUGUCGGUUACGAGAAGCUCUUCGAAGCCAUUGAGGAGCGCCUUGGAGAUCGCUUGAAAGCUCAUGGCGUGGGCCCGGCUUCGCUUUUUGGCUACACCUGGAUCGAAGUGGCAGAGCGAGAGUACACUUACCUUUCGAUGUCAGGGCUGAAGUUCGCCAACGCGGAUGAUCUCGCGGUCAUUAUGGUUGGCUACAAGGCUAUGGAGCUUCGACCGGGGGCCAAGGAAUGUGUUAAGAAGCUGAGAGACGCGGGCUUUACCGUCUACGGGUUCACCAUGGGCGACAUCUCGCGUGUUGGCGGCUACUUCAAAGCUGGAGGAUUGGAUUGGCCGGCGGAGAAUUUGCUUUCGUGUGAUACGAGAGGCGUAGGCAAGCCUGAUCCGGAGGCAUAUAGACCGCUGUUGAAUCAGCUCAGUGUGUCCGGGAAGCCUUGGUUCGCUGCAGCUCACAUGUGGGACGUUUCGGCCGCGAGGAGAACAGGCUUCAAGGGCGCAUACUGUUCAGUGUGGGAGAGCGAGCCAUUGACGGACUUAUUUGGCGAUAUGGACGUUCUCUCAGACAGCUUGCCCGAGAUGGCUGACAAGAUUAUUGCUUCUUCGGAGUAA